GUUGGAUUAUUUGCCGAGGUCGUCUGGAAUAUACCGGCUCGCGUGCAUGCGGUAAAACCAGCUUUUAAUUUGAUCUUUUGCUAGAGUGAUACUGUGAUGUUGGAUUGGGUACAACAGAGUGAACAGUGAUCUGUGAAGGAAUAAUGAAUGCAGCAAGACGCCCCAAGAGAAAACGUAUCCAGAAGAAACUGGAGUAUAAUGAAGGGAUGUUGUGGCAAGAGGAGCGGGACCUGUGCAGAGCUCUCUAUGCCUCCAUCCAGGAGAACAAGCCAAAGCGAGACGGAGAGUACAGCAGUGAGGAAGAUGGUGACUGCGACGAGUCUUCCAUCGAACCCGUGUCUGUUUCCACCAGCAUGGACUGCAGCAACAGCAGCUCCAUGUGUUCCUGUGAUGCUGGCGUGGAGGCUUGCAUACAACAGCAAGAGCUACAAAAACAAGAGUCAGAGAGGGACACCUCCAUCCCACAGAAACCACUACCAUGCCAGAAACCACUACCAUGCCAGAAACCACUACCGCCAGAAACCACUACCAUGUGCUUACGGAAGCACCAAGAUUCCACCACUGCUUGCAGGCAGCGGGACAGCAAACCAAAUGUGUGUGAAAAACAGCCGCCGCCACCACAGCGGCAGAAAGAACUGCCUCAGCAGCAGCAACGGCAGCAUCGGCAGCAUCGGCAGCAACGGCAGCGGCAAUCCACCAAAUGCAGACAGAGCAAGGUGUCCAAUAAGGUUAUACAGGGUACAGAAGCAACUCCCCGGGAGGACGUCAGGAAAGGACUCAGAUCCAAACGAGAGAAGAGAUGCACCGAAGACAUGGCUAAUCUGAAGCUGUCUGCAGUAAAGGACGCUGAAUUGGGAUGCUCCAAACCAAAAAAAGCCCGCCUGCGUGCUCAGCGGAAGUUUGCCGAGUCCCUACCGUGCAGUCCGAGUACCACUCCGGCCAAGACGGGGCUGACCGGUGGAAUCAGUGGUAACAGCAACGCCAGUGGCAGCAGCAGUAGCAGUAACAAAGGAAUGCUGUUCAACUUUUGCCCUCAGACUGAAGACUUCUUGACAUUCCUGUGUCUCCGAGGCACCCCUGCUCUACCUCCUCAUCUGGAUUUCUUUGAAGUGGCCAAGAAACACGAAGCCCAGAAGGCAUCCAGUCAUGACACUAGCAGUACAGACGAGUCCAGGACUGUCGAGAAGAAUCACAAAUUUGUGGAGAAUAACUUUCACAUACCAGGGAUUGAACCGUUACCAAUAGGAAUAGCUGACUAUCCCAACCUGGCAGUGACUCGCUUUGAAUCUACAAAGAAGGCAAUACGGAGAAGGAAGAAUGUGGCCUCUUCAACACAGUCAUCCAUUCCACCCCCAACAGACAUUAACGGCAAUCAACAGUCACCUCCAUGUUUGUCACCCAUCCCCCCUCCCAUUGCGGCUAUACCCAGGUGCCGGCAUCCCCCUCCCCUGACCCCUAUUGAGCCAGUCAGCGACACUGACAGCUGCAAAUCCAAACACUCCAAGAGCAGCAGACAGAAACCAGCCGGGCAAGGCGUGCCAUGUGCCCCAGCGAGCGUCCAGGCAGAUAUACCGGACCAAACAUUACCACUACCUACCUCCAACAAAGUAGUACAGGAUGGGAACAGCUCCCUCAUCACGCCCAGUCUCAGGAACAGAAAGAGUCGCAAGUGCGUAGAUCUGGCGCAGCUCAAGUCCAAGGCGGCACUCACCCUGAACAAUAAUUAUGCAAAGCUCAAGAAGUCGCACAGAGCCAACUCCAGCAUGUUUCCGGACCGGAAGAAAGUAGCAAAGCGGGCUGAGAAUUGCACUGCCCCGCUGGCCACCACAUUUGAACCACCCACUCUGAGGAAUAAACGGAAGCGAGUGGAGCUGGAUGGCAUCUGUGCUGAGAACAAUGUGGUAGAUUUCAAGCGACGCAAGCUCCAAGAGCUCACUGAGAAAUCCUCCCUGAAGCUCUUACGAAACAGCAAACAGUGCUUGCAAAAGAAACUUCGAAACCACAUGCGCACGACAGUCAAUUCAAUGUCGCUGCAUGCUAAGCACAAACACAUCAACAAUCACAUCAUCAACAACAACACUUUAGAGUUGCUCCCCUUGGAAUCACCCUGUCCUCCUUCCACUAGAACCGCCAAACCAAAUCCAACAUCUGUCGGGAACAACCACCAGGUCCCCCUAGUCAAAAGAGGCAGGGGACGUCCACCUGGCUCUAAAAACAAACUGCGGCCGGCGAGUCAACAGCAGCAAUUGAUCAAAUCUACCUCGUCCUCCACGUUCCGUAGCCGAUCCACAGGACUCCGCAAGAUGCUCUCCUGUACCCCCGUCUCAGGCCCUGCAAUCAGUACUAAAGCUGUUACCCACAAUGCACCAGUGUUCUUCCCAAGCCAGGAGGAAUGGAGGGACCCUAUUGCUUACAUUUCUUCUAUAUCAGCCCAGGUGGCUCCAAGUGGGAUGUGUAAGGUUGUGCCUCCACAAGGAUGGAUGCCGGAAUGUAAACUAAAGGAUGACAUGAGAUUGUCACCCCAGAUCCAACGCAUUCACCGUCUCCACCACAGGUGGGGAAGUAACGUACAGCAACUUGCAUGUAUCAAGAAGCAUUUGGCUGCUCAGGAAAAUGACAUCACCAACCCACCGCAGAUUGGUGGGUGCGAGCUGGACUUGGUGCGGUUCUCCAAGAUAGUGACCCAGCAAGGAGGACGCAAGACACUGACCAAUAAGAAGAGAUGGAACAAAGUGGCAGACUUGCUUAAGAUUCCAAAGAUGAUCCAGGGAAGAAUCGGCAAGCUGGACAGUAUUUAUUGCAAGUAUCUGCUGUCGUAUGACACCCUGACCAAGGAAGAGAAGGAGAAAUUGUGUGCUGAGGUGGAGACUGAGAGAAGGCGGCAAUUAGGCAAGCGCAGUACCAAAGACUCACAUGAAGAUGACAGCCACAGCAGCAUCCUGGGUAGGGGGCGCUCUCUGAAUCUCACCCAGUUCUGCAAGAUGGCCAACAACUUCCAGACGAUGCAAUUCAAGAAUGACCCAAGCCCAGCCGAAGUGGAGCGUGAGUAUUGGAAGAUUCUUGAAGGAGGACUGAGUCAUAUAUCUGUGCAGAAAGCAAACAUCGAUACAGCCAUCUCAGGAAGUGGUUUCCCCCACCGAAAAACUGACCCCUUUGCCAAACAUAACUGGAAUUUGAACAACGUGGGCAAUAACCAUGGCAACCUGCUGCAGGUUCUCCCGGGGAAGUGUUGUAUCAACCUCCCUGAGAUGAAGGUUGGCAUGCUAUACAGCACGGAGACAUGGAACUGUGACAGACACGCCCUACCCAGUAUUGAGUAUCUUCAUACGGGAGCUCCUCGGAUACACUACUGUGUCCCAAGAGUCCAUCAAGAGAAGGUCGUCCAAGCUAUGCAGAAACUAGUGCCUCACCUUUGUGCUAAGACACCACACUGCCUUCACGACAAAACUUUCCUAUGCAUGAUACCACCUGAAAGCCUGGCUGAGCUAGGCAUCCCUGUCUAUCGUCUAGACCAAAGGAGUGGGGAGUUCCUUGUCACAUUACCUGGUGCUUGUACUUCCUCUAUCUCAUGUGGAUAUAACGUGGCUGAAACCAUCCACUAUGCAACACCCAACUGGGUGGAAGCUGGAAUUGAAGCUUUCAGGAUUGCCAGCGAGUUACACCAAGCAUGCGAGUUCUCCAUUGAGCAACUUCUGAGUCUGCUCAGAAUUAAGACUGGUAACAGCCUCAACAACAAGAAAUUACUUAAGGUAUUGCAACCAGAGCUCAAAGCAUUCAGGGAUCAGGAGCUAGAGAAUCGCCGACGCCUGACCGAGUUUGGCUUGAUUUCUUCCAUCCGCUUUGCCGAGCCUGAGAGUCCUUCCAGAAGCCGAGACAGACGGGGUAAGACGUCCUCCCUGAGUAGUGAGGAGAAAUGCUGCUGCGUUUGCCAACAGUUGUGUUAUAUGUCAAUGGUGCUUCAUGAGAAGGAAGGGACGGUAUACUGUUUGAGACACGCCCUGGAGCUAGCCCAGCGAGGUAAACUCAACAAGUACUACAAGCUGAUGUACCGAUACGAUGAGGACCUGCAGCGGCAAAGAGAAUCAGCAACUGCAGCAGGGAGGUUGCCUGGUACUGCCAAGGCGAGUUGCUGUUGCACUGCCAAGGCAGGCCAGACUACAGCAAUUGGUGGUUCACGAGAGCCAAGGGAGCUGCAGCAACAGCAAUCCAAUCAGGAAACAACAGCGAGAUGCUGCUCUGCCGACGUCUGAAACAGCUCAGAAACACAGCAGCAGUUAUGUUGAGUGUAAAAACUUCAUCACAUUCAACCAAGUUCCAUCAGUUAAAUCUGUGGCCAUUUUGAUGUACUCCCUGAUUUCUGGGCAAUAUAAAGUCCCAUAUUCCAACUAUUGCUGCACUUUUUUUGUGAGUAUAUUCCUCCAAGAGAGACAUUUUUACCUGUUGAAAUUACCAAGAAAUGCUGCAAAGAAAACUGAAUUUCUGUAGCCGCUCUCAUUGAGAUUAUUGUUAUGUACUUAAGUGUUAGUUUGAUGGUUUCUAGUUGUGUUCUUGUAUGCACUUGGAGAGUUCAGAAUCUAAGACAUGAUUUUGGAGAAAGAAACGCGGCUAUCUUCUUUGUUUAGGGAAAUUGAUAUGGCUGAUGUAGUGCAGUACAUUGAAAUAUUAUUACCAGAAUAAGUUGUAGAAUCAAAAUAUUGGCAGAUCAGAUCCUUUUUAUUCACCAAAAACAGUUUGGCAGCUCAUAAAUAUUUAUGCUUAGCUGUGAGUUUUCAUUAAUCGGGAGUGUUGACACUCUUUGCUUAUGUUUGUUCAAGUUUUUCAACGAGUCAUCCAUUAGGGGAACCAGCUUUGCAAGAUAAGAUAUCCAGUAAAUUUGUCCUAAUCUAACUUUUAUUUUGUGAAAAAAAUGACAACACAAAAGUGAGAAAGGCACCAAAAAUUGCACACUUCAUCAAUUUUUGGGCUACAGUCUAGGAGAUGAAUUCUUCACUUAGCACUUCCCUUGGAAGAAAAAUUAAAUCAGAAACGAGGAAGGUGAUAUACAUCAUUGUUACAUGAGUAAGCAUAAAUUCCUACUUUUGAGAAACUCUAGUUUACUUGGACUUCUUUACCAAGCAGGAGAGAAUUUUCCCUAGUACAGAAAAACACCACCAGAGUCUAGAUUCCAAUAUGCAAAUAUUUAUGCAAGCAACUUUAUCACGUUAGAUCUUCCAAACUAAGAUAAUACAAGAAUAUUUCCCAAGCACGGUAAUGAAAACAAGAAGAGUGAUCCCUUCAUCUUUCACAGGUGAAAGUUUCAAUUCCAACUUGUUACAGAUGUUCAGUUGAAGUUUGUAGACAGUUUUUCUUGUUCCUGUAAACUACAUGUGUACACAGAAAAGCACUCUCCAAAGUUGGAGCAAAAUUCGUCUGUAAAAUUUAGGAAUGGAUAGUUUAUUUUUUUAAGGUGGCAAGUACCGUACUCAAAAGGAACAAACCAUUUUCUGUACUAGAUAUGUGCUUCACAAAUGUCAUUGUUGAACCCUUGAACAUUAAUGCUCAGCAAGAAACAUAUUAUGCUGAUCAUUGGGUAACCAGUUACUAUGGUUACUAUUAGUUAUACACAGUGCUGGUGAUCUAGUUCGUGUGUGUGUGUUACUCUACCAAUCCUGCCUAUACGCUAAGUCCAAAUUGUAAAUUACACAUUUUAAUCUGCUUGAAAAGAAAAUUUGUGUUCAAAUGUCUAAAACAGGUUUGUUUACUUUUUCAAGAGCCAAAAAUAUAUAUCCUUGGAUUGUGUAUGGGUAAUCCCAGAAGUCAGGGGUCCAAAAGAGUGACAUUUUGGUGUCCCUGGUACAUCUGACCUUUGUUACUUGACAUGGAAAUAUCACCGGAAUC